AUGGGGGGGGGGGGAGGGGGAAUUCCUCCAGCGGCCCAGCCCCGCCUCCCGAGAUGUGGCAGGCCUCCUCCCUGCCCUACACUUUCUACCACCUGCCUUCCGCCUUGCAGGGACGCUACCACCGGCUCCGGGAAGCCCCUCCCGCAGACCUGCCGCUCCCCUGCCUCAGAAGGAGCUGCUCGACCGACAGAUACCAAGGUCGUCUUUGCGCCGGCGUGCGACCCAUUUAAUACGGUAGAGGAUUUAAAACCCUGCCCAAGAGCCUACUGCCUGGGGUGGCUCCCAUACCAAAGUCCGAGAAGCGAGGGAAGGGAGACCUCGAAGGAGGGUGACGUGGCUCACCGCUGCUACGAGAUCCAUCGCGGGAAGCCCAUACCCCCACGUGGCGUAUCUCCUGAACCGCGCUUCUUUUUACCUUCUGCCCCGUUCCUGGAGCCUUCCGGUCACUUACAAUUCAAACAAAAGAAACACCAAAAAGCUAGCUCGUGUGUCAUGGGCUCCUUUUCUCUGUCUCGGCACCAGAAGGUUCUAGAAACCGUUUGCAGACUCUCCUCAGGGACUCAGAAGGUCAGGGCGAGAGAAGGGUGGAGAGAAAUUGGGUUGCAUGUAUCGGUAGUGAGAGUGGAGAUCCUGAGGAAUAUAUCUGCUGCUUCUGCCGGUCUCUCUCCCUCAGUCAUCAAGUGCCGUCGCCGAGCACUUCUCAAACGGUCCCGUACGCACACGCACACGCACACACACAAACACACACGCCAGGAGAGUCUUGUUAACAAGCCCGUGGUCCUGCGUUUCCAGCAUGCUCACGGGACCCUAAUGCUGCUGAUCUGGAGACCUCGCUUUGAGCAGCGAGACUGCGGGUGGCGUCUGAACCUGACGGUCCGUGGGCUAUUAUUCCGUAUAGGAUGCCGGGACGGCUGGGUAGCCAUCCAGAAAAAGUAACGUCAGACUUAUACUCCCAAUUCCUGCACUAGGACGGAUACGAAGAAGUGUGAUCUGUGCUCGAGGUGGAAAUGCAAAAUGAUGAACAAUUGAAAGGACAACGGGCAAAGAAUAGAGACACUCAGUAACUUGACCAAACUCACAAGAAGCCGGUGCGUGAACCGGAAUGAGAAACCAUUAAUCUGCAAUGGGAAAUACUCCUUUGCGAUGACAGAACACGCAUGUCUGCCAUCCCAGGCACCUCACUGCACAGAUCAAGAUGCCCGUGACGUUCCGUGAGGGAGCCCGGUGGGGCGCCUGGCUGGCUCCUUCAGAAGAGCAUGGGACUCUCGAUGAUCUCAGGGUCGUGAGUUCAGACCCCAUGUUGGGCAUGGAGCCUACUUUAAAUAAAUAAAUAAAUAAAUAAAUAAAUAAAUAAAUAAAUAAAUAAGUGAGCACGCACGCACGCACAAGAUGACCAGAUAAACGUGGAAGCGAGCAGAAAGUUGGUAGAACGCAGUGAGGGUCAUAAUUACCACAAGCCAGGAGGUCUGCCGGUCACCUUCCAUAUGUAGAGAUCACAUUAUAUAAUAUUUAUUCAUUCACUUAUUCGACCAAAUAUACGAAGUGUCCAGUAUAUGCCAGGUACUGUCCUAAGCACUGGAAAUAUAAAGAACAAAAACAAACAACAAACAAACAAACAAAAAACAGGUAAGGGAGAACAGGGGCCCUGAGUGGAGGAGGGAAGAUUAAGAUUCUAUGGCUGCUGUCAGUACUCUCCCUUUCCAGAUGAGGAGCUACAGAGAAGUGAAUGGCCUGAGGUGUUUUCCCUGUGCUUGGUUCUCACAGAUAUACUACGUACCAAACAUGUUUUGUUAUUCCCUCUUUUGAAAAAAAUGUUUCUUUGUUUGUUUGUUUAUUGAGAGAGAGAGAGAGAGAGAGGGGCGAGCGCGCGCAUGAGCGCACGAUCAAGGGAGGGGCGGAGAGAGAGGGAGACCCAGGAUCCGAAGCAGGUUCCGUGCUGUUGGCGCAGAGCCGGAUGAGGGGCUCCAUCCAACUCACCGACCUUGAAGAUCAGGACCAAAGCCAAAGUGGGGCGCUUAACCGACUGAGCCACCCAAGCACCCCACGUGUCGUUAUUCCUAAUAAUUCUGUCUAAUGAUUUCUCAUCUCAUCAUCUCUUAGUUUACAGGACAAUGGGCAAAUGGUUUAUUGAAGGCGGAGGGUGAAGCGAGGAGGACAAAGUCCAGGCUAGGUCACACCAGGCAAACUGGGUUUAGACGGCUUCCGUCCUGUCCGCCCCCGCACACCUACCUGUGUGUCAGGCUCAGCAACGCUUAGUGUCCUCCUGGGCUGGACACACAAGAAUAACUUUUCUUUUUCUUGCUUGCUUGCUUGCUUUUUUUUUUUUUUUUUUUUUUUUUCCUCCCUGUGCUCUUUCCAGGCCCUGAGCUCUUGGCUUCCUAGACCUUACCCAGCCUCUUCACCUACUAAGCUGUGUGGUCUCGGACAAAUUGCUAAACCUCUCUGUCUCAACUGUUCCAUCUGUAGGUAAACUUUGCAAGUGUGACCCGAAAAGAAAGCACUGGACACAAGUCGGACCCAAACAACCAAUGUGUCCUAUUGUAUUGUGUACUGCCGCUCCGUUGUUUCAGUGUCACAAUCGAUGGCCCCUUCACUGGUACCUCGUGGGACCCAGGACCCAUAUUCUAGACGGCUUAAAUUGAGGUCACCUCAUUUUAAGCUACGUUUCGUGCUCCCUCGACCCCAUUCAGGAAGGCACGAAGGUUUCCCCCUCUCGACCCGGGACACUGAGGCUCGACUGGGGUCGGGUCAAGUAGUUUGCCCAAGAGCCCUGCUGACCAAGGCAGGGUAGCAGCCCUGUUAGGGCCCAGUCUCGGGUCCCCACUUCUCUCUGGAGCCCUUUCCAGGAGACCUCAGCCGGGCGCUUCUCGGUUCCCAGCACCCUGGAGACAGCAAGCCCCGUAGGGUCCUACAGUGAUGACGGGACGGGACGGGACGACGUUCUUCAAACUCGGACCGCUCUGCUCCAGCCCCCUUCCACACACUCCCCAGUUCCCAGACCCCCAUCCCCACCUCCCCCUUGGUCCUGCCUUUACGCAGGCAAAAGCUUUAAACCAACUGAGAGCUUGGCCUCAACCUAGGUUCUGCUCCAGCCCACAAAGCCCUUCCAGAGAACUGGGAAGUGGUGGGCGCGGUUACACCUCGCCGCGCGGAAGGGGCGGGGCAUUCAAAUGAGAAAUGGCCUCUGGGUGAGCGACGAAGCAACGACAGAGAACACAAUUUCUCUUUUAAAAGGCAGAGAUUUCAAAAUCUGCACAAGAGCCUGCUGCCUAGUGUGGCCCCCAUACCAAAGUCCGAGAAGCGAGGGAAGUGAGACCUCGAAGGAGGGUGACCUGGCUCACCGUGAAUGCAAUGUGGAUGACGGCAGGGCGGUGGCAGGGAGGCGACCUACGGGCGGCAUCGCUUCUCGGCCUUUUGGCUAAGAUCAAGUGUAGUAUCUGUUCUUAUCAGUUUAAUAUCUGAUACGUCCUCUAUCCGAGGAUAACAUAUUAAAUGGGUUUUUGGAGCUGGGAGAUGGAAUAGGAGCUUGCUCCGUCCACUCCACGCAUCGACCUGGUAUUGCAGUACUUCCAGGAACGGUGUCUUCCUCCCUCUGGGGGGAGGUAGUAAUUGUGGUGCUCAAGAUCAGCGUGCGGUUGUAAGCGUGCUUCGGGUCCUGCUCGUGUGGGUGUUGGGGGACGCAUCGCCAGGCGUUUGCAGUUCCUCUUCUUCUUCUGGGGGCUGGCGUGCCCGACGCCGGGCGCCUGUAAGAUAGCGCGGACCCUUGCUUUUUCUGAAACCGUUGUUGUCAGCUGCGUCUUCUGGGCAGUAGCAACUAGGAGUCACUUCGCAACGACACCUGCUGUGAGGGCUUAAGUUUCCAAAUCCUUGCUCCCAGGUGGGACGGGUGUGGAGUCCGACUAAGCCCGACACACGGUCACCUCUCUUACUACUUCCGUCUGCUGGUCGUGCUCCUGAGUGGGGUCUAUGGCAUGUAAGUGACUGAAUACUGUAAGCAGGUGGUUUGUUUGUUUUGUCUUAAUUUUAGUGUUUACUUGUUUUUCAAACAGAGUGUGAGCGGAAGAGGGGCAGAGAGAGAGAGACCCCCCCCCCCCCCGCCCCGACACGGGCCGGAACCCACGAACUGCGAGAUCAUGAUCUGAGAGCCGAAGUCGGAGGCCCAACCAGACUGCGCCACCCAGGCGCCCCAAGUCGGUGGUCAUUUUUUAGGAGGAAGGUUAUCAUCGUAGGAGGUCAUUACCUACAAAGUGCUCCCUUUUGCCUUCUGCACAAAGGCUGACACAGAAAGAAGGAAAGAAAGAAGAGACACCCAAAUCUAGAACACCGACCACGUAAUUUCUUCUCGUGUUCCUAGUCUGUUGCCCUGUGUCGUUAUGUGCCCUUUUACGGGUCCCCUCAGGUCCCGACAGAAAUAGCAAGAUGUCAUCUC